UCUACCGGAGCUAUAAAGCCUGGUCCUCUUUUGAAAGCGCAUCAUGACCAGAGCCCUGCUAAAACACAAGGACUACUCGUACAGUUUAUAGUAGAACGAUUUACAUUUUCUUCAUGGCAGACAGGUGUAGGGCUGAACGAUUUUGGUGGAAGCUUGCCGAGUCCGGAUCGCUUGUAACUCACUUUAUUUGGUAAAGGUUUGAUCUAGUCUCUAUAAAGCAAAAGGAGAGGAAUUGUAUAAUGCACGCGUGGAGAUACGCUUAGCUGGGCAUCCGUGGAUGCCAUGCCUGGAGCGUUCUGGCCCCCUGGGCUAUGUGUUGUGACUUUAAUACUGGGCAUGCGUGGACUCAGUUAUGUGCUCUGAUUGGCUAAGCAUGGUGCUGUACUCGUGUGACUAUGUGCGGGAAUUACACUUGCUUUUGUGGCAUUGAGAGUCUAGGCCGCUUGUACCUCUAGAAUUGAUACAUGAGUAAGGAGCCUCUAGUCGCCAAGGACAUAUGUGGCCUGUUGAAUGUGUGAAUUAUGUCACAUAUAACACGCUCUUUCCUUCAACCCUUUGUGUUGAGAUGAAUUUAAUUACAUCUUGAUUUAACGAUUGAAUUGUACAAUGAAAAUAAAUACGAAUCUAAACGUUCUCCAGUCAGUACAGUAAAGGUAAAAAAAUUAUAAAAUGAAAAAAAUAACUUUAAAGAAAUUAUUUAAAUCGCAGUCUUCGCGAUUUGCAUAUCUCGUUCCAUUACACCCUGAUUUUGGUUUGAAUUCGAUUAUUCCAUCAGCCUUAGUUAAGUCCCGGUUGUGAUAGGUGGAAACAGGAAGGUCCAAGUGUUCAGGGGGCACUAUUAGUUGUUACCUUUGUAGUAAUUGGAAGAAGUUGUAAUAAUAAUCAUGAUUCAAAAUGAACAAUUGAUAAUGAUUUGUAUUGGAGAAGCAGCCUACCUCACAACAAAUGCCUAAUAUAAUUGGAAGAUGUGCCCAUUUCCUGCCCUUUGAAUGGUCUAGGAUGUAAUGUAUUCUUCAUCAUCGUCAUCAGGCCUAAAGCACCAGGCGGUUGGAGAUUCCCUUCAUUUUACACCACCCAUAGAUCUUAGGCAGCAUAGAUUCUAGGCUAACUGUUAAAUUCGACCUGUUUUAAAAAAGCCUGAUGCUCUUUUGCAAAACAGGACCAGAGCCCUGGUGAAACACAAGUCAAACUUGGGAGUUGCAUUUCGAAGAUGGACACAGUCAAGAGCCCAGAAGGGUUUCAAGACAGAUGCCACAUGAGCUUGUUUAUCCUUCUUUUAGUCUUUUAACAUUCAACAGACGGGAGUACAAUCUGCGUGCAAAAGACUGCGAUGACUUUGGAGACCGCAGCACACAGCGCGGCGCCACCUCAGAUGGUCUGCAUGUGGACGCCCCUGGCUCCUCCCACAUGUCCAGUCACAGCGAGGACCUGAGGAUCCUGAGCGUCUAUGGAAAAGGGGAGGGCCCACUGGCGCUGGAUGGCCAUGAUGCACUCUUCAGCAAGGACUGGCCCGGUGGGUUGCCUGGCGAGUGUUUUCCCGACAAAACCAAUAUGGUCAUCCACAUGCGUACCCACACCGGCGAGAAGCCGUACGGGUGCGACCAAUGCAAGAAGUUCUUCCAACACAAAGGCAGCCUGAAGACCCACAUGAGAACUCACUCUGGGGAGAAGCCCUACAGGUGUGAUCAAUGCAUGAAGUGCUUCUGUAAGAGCUCUCACCUGAAGGUCCACAUGAGGACUCACUCCGGGGAGAAGCCCUACAGGUGUGACCAAUGCGUGAAGUGCUUCAGUCAGAGCUACAUCCUGAAGAGACACAUGAGGACUCACUCCGGGGAGAAGCCUUAUAGGUGUGACCAAUGUGUGAAGUGUUUCAGUCAGAGCUCCACUCUGAAGAGCCACAUGAGGACUCACUCCGGGGAGAAGCCCUACAGGUGUAACCAAUGUGUGAAGUGUUUCAGUCAGAGCUCCACUCUGAAGAGCCACAUGAGGACUCACUCUGGGGAGAAGCCCUACAGGUGUUAUCAAUGCGUGACGCGCUUCCAUAGGAAAUAUAACCUGAAGAAGCACAUGAGGACUCACUCUGGGGAGAAGCCCUACAGGCGUGAUCAAUGCAUGAAGUGCUUCAAUAAGAGCUCCAAAGUGAAGGUCCACAUGAGGACUCGCUCCAGGGAGAAGCCCUGAAGGUGCAACGCCAGCUUCAGCGAUCCACUCAAAGAGACAAUGGGGUGCUUUGACACAGGGCAACGGGACGCUUUGAUUGACACCUCUAUCCUGUAUAUGUUGAAUUGACUGCUGUAGGUUUUUUAUUGCUUUUUUAAAGACGCUUCCAACUCAUCAAACACCUUCUGUUUUUAUUGUUGUAAAUAAAUGAUGCCUGUCUGAAGAAUCCAAAAAAAUUUGGAGACCUCGGACAAUCUAAUAUUUGAUUUAAAUGUAGAGCAGGGUCAUGGGAAUUUGUUUCAGUUAGAGCUUCAAACCUGAAGAUCCACAGGAGGAGUCACUCCACGGAGAAGCCCUACAGGUGUGGCCAAUGUAAGAGCUUCAGUACGAGCUCUAACCUGAAGAGCCACAUGGAGACUCACUCCGGGGAGAAGCCUUACAGUUGUGACUAUUGCCUGAACUGCUUCAGUGAAAGCUCCGCCCUGAAGGUCCACAUGAGGACUCACUCCAGGGAGAAGCCCUACAGUUGUAACCAAUGCAUCAAGUGCUUCGGACCGAGCUCUCACCUGAAGGUCCACAUGUGGCCUCACUUGGGGGAGAAGCCCUACAGGUGUUACCAAUGUUUGAAUUGCUUCAGUUAUAGCUCCCACCUGAAGGUCCAAAUGAGGACUCACUCCGGGGUGAAGCCAUACAGGUGUGAUCAAUGCACGAAGUGCUUCGGACAGAGAUCUAAUCUAAAGAGCCACAUGAUUACUCACUCCGGGGAGAAGCCCUGGAGGUGCAUCGCGAGCUUCAGCGAACCAAACCAAGCAGCAAUGGGGUGCUUUUACACAGGGCAACGGGACGCUUUGAUUGACACCUCUAUCCUGUAUUUGUUGAAAUGACUGCUGUUGGUUUUUUGCUUGCUUAGCUUUUUUUAACUUUGCCUUUAUUUUCUAUUUUAAUACUAAAAUGCCUUUUUAACUUUCCAUUUUACCCAUUUCUUUGCAUAUGUUUUCUUUUACUUAUCUCUUAUUUUAUUCUGCCUUGUGUAUAAAAAGUGCUUUAUAAAUAAAGUUGCCUUGCCUUGCCUUGCUUUAUAAGAGACGUUUUUCAACUUUUCAAUCACCUUCUGUUUUUACUGUCUUAAAUAAUGUACGUCUGUGUGAUGAAUCACUUAUUUUUUGGACACUGAGGACAUCCAAAUAUUUGUUUUAAAUGUAGAGCAUGAUCAUGGGAAGAUACAGGCAGCCAAGUUACAAAGCAUACUUUCAAUGAGACACUGGGUGUACAUGAUACUUAUAGGCAAUGUCCCAUCGUGGGUUAAUACACAGGAAACCAGGCAGGGAGAUUGACCCUCGUGGAGAUUUUAGGAUUGCCCAUAGGAGAGACCAAGUUCAAUUUAAGUACACUGGGUGAAGUGGACUUGGCUGCAAGACAGUUAAAGGAAUCUACA